AUGAUGUACCAACAAACUGUAAACUUUUGGUUCCAAUCGUUACAAUACGUCGGCUUGAACCCAGAAAAACAGAAAAAAUGGGUCUUCACCGUCAUGGUGGCAGGUGGAACGAUUUUAUAUGCUCUCACAUUUGCGGAAUUCUUCUUCAGUCCGGAUCCAAAUUACAUACACACGGUGGAAUCUAUUGUGAUCUUCUGCCAUAUGAUGUCCAAAACUGGAGCCAUUUUUUACUUUUCCAAGGAACUACAACAACUUCACAAAGACUUGGAGCACUUUUGGAGCUUUGAAAGCGAUGAACAUAUAAUAAUGAUAACAAUCGUACCACUGGUUACAUCCAGAAGUUUGCAAAUGUAUGUUUAUGUACCAGAAGCUUUAGGCACCAAUUUCGUUUGGCUACUUGAAAGCCUAAUCAUUCCUUUAAUAACUGUCAGUGUAUUCGCUUUCGACUAUCUGAUAUUCACUUUUCUGCAGUUAACAAUAGUGCAGUUCCAACUUUCGAACUCCUCAAUUAGGAAACUAAAUUUCGGAGAGCAUCAGGACAAUGGGGAAUUGAGAACUCAACUGGUGAAGCUUGUUAAACACCACAUUUUUAUGUUGAAGUUCACGAAAAGGUUACAACGGAUCAUGUCUUUGCCCCUUCUCGUUCAGCUGUUCAAUACCGUUUCUGCCUUUUGCAUUGAAAUGUACUUAAUGAGAUACAAUGUUGACCUAGGACAAGGCAUAAUUGGAAGCCUUCAUUCUCUGGUGGUCUUUGUUCAAAUUUGCUACUUCUAUUGCACUCCUUGUCAGGAUGUUAUGGAUCAGGGUUUGGAAAUUGCGAUACAAGUGUAUUCGAUUAACUGGUACGAAUUAGAAGACAACUCGUUGAAGAUGUUACUCAAAAUGAUCAUUAUGAGAGGUUCAGAACCGAUUGACUUCAGUGCUGCUGGUUUUGUUCAAAUCAAUUUAGCUGCUUUGGUCAUGGUUUUCAAGACGAGUCUUUCAUUCUACUCGUUCUUGGUGGCAAUUGAUACUUAAGAAAGUAAAUUAAAUGGGAUCUCUUUUUAAUAUUCACUACUUCUACAAAAUACAGCAUUUUAAAACACUUUAUU